GCAGCUUGAGAAACUACAAGCCCCAGGGUGCACAGGGAGAAAUCUGAGAGGGUGGGCGGGGCUUGUGCAAAUGAGCUUCAGCUAGGGAGGGGCUGCAAAUUCUUGCAUGGGGGAUGGUGAGUGGAGUGUAUUGUUAAGUCUCAGUAAGAACUGACUCACUUCUCCAUGCCUAAGAAAUCCAGGAGACUUGCACACAGCUCAUCCUUUUUUUAUUUUUUAUUUUAAUAUCCUUUUAUAGAAUUUCCACAUUUCCCUCAUUUCUGCUCUCAGUUUCAGUGGCAAAGUAACUUCAUCUCUGAACUGGACCCUGCGCUCCAACUCCUGGAAUUGUGCGGAUCCUACAACUUUUUCCCUCUUGCUGGAAUUCUCUCAAGGUGUCUUCAAAGCUGCACAUUUUCUCUAGCUCUUUCCUAAAAGGACACAUGGUUUAAAUCACAGCUGUUUUAAACGAAAAAUACUUUUUUUUAAAACAUUUUUUAAUUUUUUUUUUAAUUUUAGCUUCAUUCUCUACGAACAUCGGAUUCCUGGGAGAAAUUUUAAUUUUUAAAAGUUAUUGGAAGAGGAUAUUUAAAAAGUAAAAUUAAGGCUUGUUUUUUUUUUUUUUUUUUUUAAAGAUUUUAGAGAUUUUUUUUUGAAAAUAAUUUUUCCCCCUACUAAUAAAAGGAAUAUAAGUGUUGGACGAUCCGAGAUAAGAAACUAAACAUUUGGAAACAGGAGCUGUGUGAGGCUUGUCUCGUGCCUGACACUGGAGGUCUCAUGGAUUUCGGCUGUGUGCACUAGCCAACUUGGGAUGUUCUCCGGAAGGUCCCUCCUCCUCUGGGGUGUCCUGCUUGGAGCUGCUUUAUCAGUUGCCCGGCCCCCUUCCACCCUCCCCGACCAAGUCGCCCCUAAAACCAAAACGGAAGUGGAGCCGUAUUCUGCUCAGCCAGGAGACAGGAUAACUUUGCAGUGCAGGCUACGAGAAGAUGUUCAGAGCAUCAACUGGGUGAAAAAUGGAGUUCAGCUUUCGGAGACUAACCGCACGCGCAUAACAGGGGAGGAGAUCCAAAUUUCCAACGCAGGGCCGGAGGACAAUGGGGUGUAUGCCUGUGUUACUAACGGGCCUUCUCGAACAUAUACAGUAUUAUUCUCCGUUAAUGUAUCAGAUGCACUGCCUUCGGCCGAGGACGAUGAUGAAGAUGAUGACAAUUCAUCCUCUGAGGAGAAAGCUGCAGAAAACUCCAAACCGAACCGUCCACUUUGGUCACAUCCAGAAAAAAUGGAGAAGAAGCUUCAUGCAGUGCCAGCAGCAAAAACUGUAAAAUUUAGGUGUCCAGCAAAUGGAACUCCAACGCCAACACUUCGCUGGCUGAAGAAUGGCAGGGCGUUCCAACAAGAUCAGCGCAUUGGUGGAUAUAAGGUCCGGUCUCAAACAUGGAGUCUUAUUAUGGAUUCCGUUGUCCCAUCUGAUAAAGGAAAUUACACCUGUAUUGUGGAGAACAAGUAUGGUGCCAUCAACCACACAUACCAGUUAGAUGUUGUUGAGCGUUCCCCACACCGCCCAAUCCUACAAGCCGGUCUCCCAGCGAAUACAAGCGUUACUGUGGGAACCACAGCCGAAUUUUCCUGCAAAGUGUACAGCGACCCCCAGCCUCACAUCCAAUGGCUCAGGCACAUUGAAAUUAACGGCAGCAGAGUGGCCUCGGAUGGCUUCCCGUAUGUGGAGAUCCUCAAGACUGCAGGAGUCAACACCUCGGACAAGGAUAUGGAGGUUCUCCACCUGAGAAAUGUUACUUUUGAGGAUGCUGGCCAGUAUACCUGCUUGGCCGCUAACUCCAUUGGGAUCUCUCAUCAUUCUGCAUGGUUGACCGUUCUUAAAGUUGAGGACAAUAAACCUGCGCUUCUGGCCUCCCCUUUACAACUGGAAAUUAUCAUCUACUGCACGGGGGCUGCUUUUGUGUCCGCAAUGGUGGUCACCAUCAUUAUCUUUAAAAUGAAGCACCCGUCGAAGAAGUCGGACUUCAACAGCCAACUGGCUGUGCACAAGCUUGCCAAGAGCAUCCCGCUGCGCAGACAGGUAACAGUUUCAGGGGACUCCAGCUCAUCAAUGAACUCUGGAGUGAUAUUAGUCAGACGCCUUUCUUCCAGUGGGACUCCCAUGUUGUCUGGACUAUCGGAAUAUGAGCUUCCAGAAGAUCCACGAUGGGAAGUGGCAAGGGACAGACUGAUCCUUGGGAAACCUCUCGGAGAAGGCUGCUUUGGGCAAGUAGUCAUGGCGGAGGCUAUUGGCCUGGACAAGGAGAAGCCUAACAAAGUAACAAAAGUUGCUGUGAAGAUGUUGAAGUCUGAUGCGAGUGAAAAGGACCUGUCGGAUCUGAUUUCCGAGAUGGAAAUGAUGAAAAUGAUUGGAAAACACAAAAAUAUAAUUAAUUUACUUGGUGCCUGCACCCAAGAUGGUCCACUCUAUGUAAUUGUCGAAUACACUUCCAAGGGGAAUCUGAGAGAGUACUUACGGGCCAGGCGCCCGCCGGGCAUGGAGUACUGCUACAACCCUACCUGUGUCCCCGAUCAGCUGCUUUCCUUCAAAGAUCUGGUGUCAUGUGCUUACCAGGUGGCACGUGGGAUGGACUACCUAGCCUCUAAAAAGUGCAUCCACAGAGACCUGGCUGCAAGGAAUGUUUUAGUAACAGAGGACAACAUAAUGAAGAUUGCCGAUUUCGGCUUAGCCCGUGACAUCCAUCACAUUGACUAUUAUAAGAAAACGACAAAUGGCCGGCUGCCUGUAAAAUGGAUGGCCCCAGAAGCACUGUUUGACCGGAUUUACACUCAUCAGAGCGAUGUGUGGUCGUUUGGCGUGCUGCUGUGGGAGAUUUUCACACUUGGUGGCUCCCCAUAUCCGGGUGUCCCCAUGGAAGAACUCUUUAAGUUACUCAAGGAAGGGCACAGGAUGGAUAAACCCACUAACUGCACCAAUGAGUUGUAUAUGAUGAUGAAGGACUGUUGGCAUGCCAUGCCCUCUCAAAGACCAACAUUCAAUCAGCUGGUUGAGGAUCUUGACCGAAUUCUUGCUCUGAGUUCCAAUCAGGAAUAUCUUGAUCUCUCCAUGCCAGUGAAUCAGUAUUCUCCAUGUUUCCCAGACACUCGAAGUUCGACGUGUUCUUCAGGCGAGGACUCUGUGUUCUCUCAUGACCCCCUCCCCGAUGAGCCCUGCCUUCCCAAAUACUCCAAUGGUGGACUUAAAAAACGCUGACCUUGGGGGUUGUUUUGGGGUUCUUCUCCAUAAAUUCCAUUUAAAGAACAUUUGUUUUGAGCAUUCCAGAAAUGCCACAAGUUCCUCAGAAGCAUGGUACAAUUCCACUCCUACAUCUUCAGCCUUAUUCCUUUACACAUGCAGUUUGUAGGAGGUACUUUUUUUGGUUGAGGAUGGAACCAGCAAUAUUCCUAAUGUUGACCUCCAGCCAGUGCACUUUCUAAAAUGCAACAAGUGUCAAGAUCCAAGGUCUGCACCAUGUGACAUGGCAAUAUCAUGGGAACUUAUCGAGUAGAAACUUUGCCAACUCUUUUAAUAUUCCUCAAUUUUAUGAGAUUUUAUUUUCCUGACCUCAUCUAUAUAUCAACACCUGACCGGUGUCCGAAACCUUCUCAAACACUCCAGGCUACCAUUUAAGACCAUCGUUUUGGCUUUUUCUGCACUGUCUGAGCUCAUCUUUUGGUGGAAAAAUAUUCAUGGACAACAACUCCUUCCUACAACUCCUUGUAGCUAGGUUAGACUUUCUGCUUGCUCUGAGGAAGCCGAUACUUCUCCAUAUUCCAAUGCAAGAGGUGCUGUUGCUUGAACUGAAUUAUGAAGGGAGACCUCAUUAUAAGCUACAUACCAUCUCUGCUUCCUGAAUGUUUAUUAUGCACGAGGUGGAUUUUCAAAAGUCUUAAUUAAGCAAGUACCUGCAUAAAGGCACAAGAUAUGGACUGUGCUCAUUAUGCAACCUAAAAAAAAUCAUUUUAUUCAGGAAUGUUAGUGAUCUGUUAAUGGUACGAUCAAUAUGGCUGUUGACCUGCAACGUUUUUACUAGAGGUUUGACUGAAGCGUGUGUUUCAGUGAAAGCCCCAUAUAAAGUCGGUAGAACUAGAGGCUUUAUCUCACUCCUAAGGUCCACAUCAAAUUGUCCAGAAAACAUGGGAAAUAGUCAAAUUUUAUCCUAAUAAAAAUGGGGUGGGCAGGGAAUCCAAUAAUGCUUUCCUUUUGUAUAUAGCUAAAAAAUGUAUAAAUAUGAAUUAUAUAUUUACAUGUCUUUUUAAGAAAAAAAAAAAAGUUACAAAAUAUAUACCAGGUCAGUAGUAAAGUGGCUGGUAGUUGUCAAUGGCUAUAAAAAAAAAUCUUAUAUUUUGCUAUGUUUUCAGUUUGUAUUUUUUUAAAUUAUGUUCUAAGACUUUCUUAUUCCCAGUACAAGUCCCUAAAUAAAGAGAAUUGGCUUAAGGUGA